GCUCGGCUUCGAGACGGUCGUGUAACGCAACCCGCCGCCAUGGCCUAUUCAUACCCACGGGGUGUCCCAACCCGGCCCGCCACCGUCUUGGGCGCCAUGGAAAUGGGGCGCCGCAUGGACGUGCCCAGCAGCGCCGCGGCCGUGCGCACCUUCCUGGAGCACGGCCACACCGAGAUCGACACGGCUUUCGUGUACGCCGACGGCCAGUCAGAGAGCAUCCUGGGCGGUCUGGGGCUCGGACUGGGCGGCAGCGACUGCAAAGUAAAAAUUGCUACCAAGGCUAAUCCAUUGGGAGAAAACUCACUGACGCCUAACAGCCUCCGGUUCCAGUUGGAGACGUCCCUCAAGCGGAUGCAGUGUCCCCGAGUGGACCUGUUUUACCUGCACAUGCCAGACCACGGCAUCCCCGUGGAAGAGACGCUGCGCGGCUGCCACCAGCUGCACCAGGAGGGCAAGUUCGUGGAGCUCGGCCUCUCCAACUAUGCCGCCUGGGAGGUGGCCGAGAUCUGUACCCUGUGCAGGAGCAACGGCUGGAUCCAGCCCACCGUGUACCAGGGCAUGUACAACGCCACCACCCGGCAGGUGGAGACGGAGCUCCUGCCCUGCCUCCGGCGCUUUGGACUGAGGUUCUACGCCUACAACCCUCUGGCUGGAGGCCUGCUGACCGGCAGGUACAAGUAUGAGGACAAGGACGGGAAACAGCCCGAGGGCCGCUUCUUUGGGAACAGCUGGGCAAAGGUCUACAGGGAUCGCUACUGGAAGGAGCACCAUUUCGAGGGCAUCGCCCUGGUGGAGAAGGCCCUGCAGACCCAGAGGGAUAUGUACAACAUCAAGGCCCCCAGCCUGGCCUCAGCUGCCCUGCGGUGGUUGUACCACCACUCCCAGCUCCAGGGCCUCCGCGGGGAUGCGGUCAUCCUGGGCAUGUCAAGCCUGGAGCAGCUGGAAGAGAACUUAGCAGCCGUCAAGGCAGGGUGUCUGGGGUCGGCUGUUGUGCAGGCCUUUGAUCAGGCCUGGCGCCUGGUCGCCCACGACUGUCCCAACUACUUCCGCUAGGCUCCUGCCCAGAUCAGGCGCUGAAGAGUUCUUCCUUUUCUGUCGCCUCUUCUGCGCUCUCCCUGGCCGGUCUUUGCCUUAAGCUGGUUUCGCGUGGUCAUUCUCCACUGUCUGGAUCCGGGCGUUACUCUUCUAGACCCCCGCCUCGCUCCCUGUUGCCCUCACAAUGUAUAAUGCCGUGGGCUGAGCCCCUCUGGGGCACUUCCCGUCUGAAUGAAGCCAACCCUAGGCCUGCCUGUAGCCCGGACACUGAGUGGACCCGCAGAUCUGUCUCCUCAGCUGUUGUGACUUGGCUCCUCCCUGCCUGGGCCUUCCUGCCUGAGGGGUGGAACCACGGGCUGGAGCCUCCACGGGGCAGAGGCGGCGGGAGGACCCCCAGCCUGGCCUCUCGGUGGGCUGCAGGCGGCCCUCACGUUCCCCCGUGCCAGAGGGAAAGGGGGCCGUCCCCCCCGAGGUGGCUUUUCUCUCCGAAUUAUCUCACUAAAUACUCAGAAAUGGAAGGAUUUGGGCAAAAACCUAGCAUUAGCGUCACAAGAAGAAUAAAACCCCCAGGAUGCCAUGGGACGUUUACCCGCAGUCACUCAUCAGCGACUUUCCUCUGCCCCUGUCUUCUGCUCGUCCUCAGAUUCUCCGCUCUGCUGCUGGGCCUCCUUGAUGGGAGUAGCGCUGGCAGCCAGGACCCCCAUCUCCGUCAGCAAGUCCCUGCUCCACGUAGGAAGCACCCAAGACUUCACCCAAGAAAUGCAAUCCCAGGCCUGGUGGUUGCUUUCUGAACAUGCCCAGGCAUCACACCCUGGGUGAGCGGGGGGUCGUGGGCCAAGCAGCAGCAGGUGAUGAAAGGGGCUUAGCUUGGAAAUUCAGACGAACCCACCAGUCAAAGAGUCUUUGUUGGACCCCCCUGGAGGCCCAGGGGUUAAGAAUCCAGCUGGCAGUUCAGGGGACAUGGGUUCAAUCCCUGGUCCAGGAAGAUUCCACAAGCUAUGGGGCAACUAAGCCCGUGUGCUACCCAUAUACCCUCGAGCUGAGCUCUGCAACAAGAGGAAUCACCGCUCUCUACAGCUGGAGAGAGUCCGCGCACAGCACCAAGGGCCCAGCACUCAAAAAGAAUGCAUUUGAAUCGGUUCUAAUGAGGUGGAUGAAACUGGAGCCCAUUAUACAGAGCGAAGUAAUUCAGAA